AUGACGACAUUACUAGAUGCACCCAAAUGUAUGACUCAUCUUAUUCCAUCGUUGAGCACAUUUAUAUAUAAACGAUUGUUGCGAUUCCCCCAGAUUCGAACUUCCGUGCAGGAUGAGCCGAAUUCAAAGAUCAGAAAUGACAACGAGAUACCUCAGCCUCAACCGCCACCCUCAACGCCGACCAAGACGCGUGCCGUUGUGUCACCCUCGUCCGUUGUGACACCCCAAGCCGUUAGAAGCGGACUGGCUAGAUCUCCGGAAGCCACGACACCCAGAGGGCAACUCAUGCAGGAAACGGGGGGUCCAACCCUCGCAAAUGGACGCGUAUCCAAAACUCCCUCGCCAGAUGUGACAAACAGCAAAGGCACACCGAAGGGUUAUUCACCGGGGAGAUCGCCAACUUCCCCACGUCCACCCAGCAGCUUACGCGUUAGAUCCGCCGGUGAUAAGUCUUCCCCCGAGACAUCUAGAAAAACAUCCCCUAGUACACCUAAUAGAGCAUCCCCCCGUACACCGAGGAAAACUCCAUCCCCCAAGGAACUGCGUCUUCCGAAGCUAACAUCGUCGCCUGUAUUACAAGAAGCAAAUCCAGCGGUUGCCGAAUCUCAUGAAAAAAUCACUUUACCGAAAUUGAUCGAGCAUCCAUCGUCACAAUCCGCCCGAAUGGCAUACUAG